AGCAGCACGAACCUGCAGGGGGGAUGGUAGGGACAGACAAGGGGUAAGGACCGCGCAGUCAUGUACUGAGAACUAUAUAUUGUGGCGAUGACUGCCUUGCCGCCACACUCUCAGGUGCUGUCACUCGCCGCUUGUCGCUGUUGUACCACACGAAAUCCGUAAGUCAUGAAGACUGCUGCUAGCGUGAGCCGCGCAUUGACGCUGCUAGCCGUGGUGCUGGUGGCGGUUACGCUGUUCAUGGACACCGCAGAGGCUCGCCGAGGAGGAGGAGGAGGAUCCAGAAAAGGUGGACCCAGAAGAGACAGACCUAGUCCUCCUGCGACUUUGAGUGAUGCCAUCGCACGCUGUGUGUGUGAAAAGACUGAUGUAAAUCCUGAAGCAGAGAUUGAAGAGAAUGCCUGCACCAGCUGCUUCGAAACAGAGACUGACCCUACAGACUGGACCGAAAUCUUCACAUGCCUCAGUGAUGCAGGGGCUGAUACCAGUAUCACUGCAGAGUGCAUUGGAAGCCCAUAAAACUGUCGUGAAUGACCUUAACAGGAACAGCUGCUUCUGCUGCUGCAGAUAUUACCGUUUCUAUGGCGAUCCCAGAACAACAUUGGCAAUAAAAUGAUGAGGAAACAACGGAAACGACACCUUCAACUGCACCAUUACCACCAAUAGACCCUGUUCUGCCUCUUGCCUUCAAUCUUCUUUCGCAUGCCUGUCUAUCUGUCUCGCACUCUUAACUUCAAUAAAGUCUCACAAAAGU